GCGGCGGCCAAUAGCGUUGUGGGGAACGAGGACGACGAGGAGGCCUCGCCGCUUCGGCGAGGUCGUCGCUUUCGUUCGGCGGCUGUUCAGUGCGCGUUCGCUCGCGUCAUGUAACGGCAGUAGUGACUGGGGCGACGCCGCAGGUCGCAAUUCUCACGAGAUGGCGGCUGAAGGCUGCGUUCUGUGCAAGCAAAGACGCAACUACGCACAGGGGAUAUCGUUCCACGUAUUUCCCACGGAUAUGGAACGUAGAAAAAAAUGGCUGAACGCUAUCGGAAAGUCUGGCAAGGGCAUACCCGCCCAGUCGUGUCUGUGUUCACGACAUUUUUCGCAAAAUUGUUACACGGGCUCGAUUCUAAAGGACGACGCGAUUCCAACCUUGGACCCGGAAUCGGCUGAUUCGACGUUGGACGCGGGAACCGAGAAGGACCAAUCGCAGCAGCCGGAAAAGCAAUCAUGCCCGCAGAUUGCGAGACCGAUUAUUCGUAGCCGUUGCAUUAGCCGACAACGCUUCGCGCUCAACGCACGCAUUCUUUCGAGAAGACCGCGGAUUCGCAUGCUGUCGGACGAGGAGAUACAGGAGAUGCAGCCGAUGAAGUACGUGCGCUACCUGAAGAGCGUCAACUGGGACGAGAUCUCGAAAGUGCCGGCGGAGGCGAAGAUCGCCUGGGAAGUGGCGAUGGAGGAGCUGAAGGAGGGCAACGAUAAGAUAAAACAUCUGCAGGCGCACGUUUGCCAGCUCAAAACGACCGUUCGCAAGCUGGAGGCUGCGCUGAAAGCACGCACGAAGAGGGCGGCCGUCGCCGCAAUCGCAGCGCGUCAUCGCAAAUCUCUCGAUUAGGCUCGUUGUCCAAUCUGACUCUUAACCCUCACGGCCAGGUCAGUUUUCGUCGAGCGACUUUAGGCCUGUAUCAAUAGUCGUUAUUUGUCUAGAGAUGUUCAGAUUUGGAUUCAGACUCUGAUGGGACUUUUCCAGCUAAACCACAUGACACUGCAGACACAAAAUGUCAUGUAUAUUAUACUAUUUAACUAUGUAAAUAGCUAUCUUGAUAUACCUUACGUAUAUUACUUAACUGAAAGAACUCUGAUCCAGCUUUGAACUCCGAUUUGGAUCUUAAGUGAGACAAGUUUCAAAUUUCAAUGACUAUUAAUAUAGGCCUUAGUCUUUCAACGAGAAUUUGCACAUGUCAAAGGGUAGCUUGGUGAAAAAUAUGAGACUCCACUUCACAGCCAGUGCAGUGGCUUCCCGGAUUGUAAGGGUGAAAUAAAGUGUGAAGAAAACAAGGACAAGAAAGUGCCGCGGAUGUGUGAAGCGCAACAACUAAAUUGCGACAAUUACUGCUCUAUAAAGGCACAAAAUCUCAUCCUGAUGUAAUAAAAGUUAUGCACAAAGUUACAUAUAAGAAUAAAAAUCCUUGCAGCGCGUGUUUA